AUGGCGCACUUGCUUAGCGGCGCCUGCCCGGGGAAUAGGGAGCAGGCCAGAUGGUUCCUCAGAGUAGCGCGAGCGCAGACGGGGACGGCGAUCAGCAAAGUAGCGCAGGCGGCACCCGACUCCAAGGAUACGCUGAAGACGCUGAGAAUAGCGCAUGUCGCUGCGCUGAAGGGCUCACGCUAUAGGGUGCUGGAUGAGGACGGGUACGAUGCACUAGCACCAGCCGUCGGGGGGGUGUUGCCGGCGCUGGUAGAUGACCUCUCGGAGAAGAGUCGGAGGGACCUUGGCGCCGGGGUCACGAGGAACUUGCAAGUCGUGGCCGAGGCGGCGACGGGAGCGGUGCAGAGGUGGAUCCAGCUCAAUGAUGAGGCUACGGCGCGCAUAAUGAAGAGAGAGGAACACAUCGAGUGGCUGAGGAAGCUCGUCGCUGGGUGGAAGGAGGCCCGGCCAGCCUUGAGGGAGUCGCGGAGGAGGAGGGAUAAUGGAGGUAACGUGGGAACAGGCCAACAGCCAGUGGGACGAACGAGGGCCGCGACGGCGGCUCAAGCGGGAGGGAGCGGAGACGGUGGGCAGAGAGCGAAGUGGGUGAGACUGAUGAUGCUCCUUCGACUUAGGGAGCGGUUCAGAUGCUGGGCGGGCUUCAGGCUGGUGCUCACGCGAACAGGAAUCGACGCGAUGUGCAAAGCAUACAAGAUAGGGUGCCCACAGGGCCCAAAAAAAGAAAGGAAAAAAGAAAUGGGCCACCCCCGAUCGCAGCACUUCGUGUUGGCCAGUCGAGAAAUUGAGAGUGUGACUAGGAGGGUGGGACGCUGGGGAUUCUCAAAGGUAUACCCUUGGAAUGGCCGGAUCCAGCCUUAA